UCCUCCUCCUCCUCCUCCUCCUACUCCUACUGCCUUCAUUGUACAUAUCAAUCAGUUCACAGACCAUAUAUACUUAGUUUCUUCACGAUCAUCAGAGCCAGCCAAGACAUGCAGCAAAGGAUUGUUAUCAAGGUAAGAAUGAAGUGCCAGAAGUGUCGGUCCAAGGCGAUGACCAUUGCAGCCUCAGCAGCUGGUGUGUUCUCGGUGAAAUUUGAAGGGGAGGAGAAGGAUGAAGUGGUGGUGAUUGGGAAUAGAGUUGACGCUGCUGCCCUAACGAGCUCGCUCAGAAAAAAUGUUGGCCACGCAACCUUGGAAAAAGUGGAAGUUGUUGCUUAAUUAGGAAUGAACAUUAGCUUUCUACUUGUGAUCCAAUAAGUUUAUAUGUAGCUAAUUCCAUUGUUUCACAUAGAUUUCAUAACAAUUUUGAAUUUGACUUGUAAACUUUAUAUCUUCAGCAUAUGUCUAUCUAUCUAUGAUCCCAUUAAUA